GCACCCCACCUCUCCCCGUGGACCAGAUUCCUCAAUUACCACCACCCGUUCUACCCCCACUGUUGCAAUUAAGUCUCACGUUUCGAGUGAAAAUGAGAUACGCCAUUAUAGAAGACAUCUUCCUUGUUUAUCAGAGACUGUCUCUUCCCGAAGUUCAAAAAGUCCACAGCAGAAAAGAUAGGAGAGACUAUUGUGCACACCCCAGGUAUUCUAUGUCUGGAGCUGGACGCGUCAGGUAUUGCCGUAUCCGAAGGUAUAAUGAGGGCUGUGUCAAAGAAAUAUCCGCAUAUAAAAUUUGAAGAUGGUAUUUGGAAGGGGCCGAUCAAGACGUAUGCAGAGGACAAUUUGCAAAUCGGGAAGAGGUUGUUGAAAAGUCUGAAGGAUGCACCAAACUUUGUGGGACAAAUUGAUUCUUCAACCGGAGAAGAGGAUACUUUCGCAGCUAUGAUGGACAGAAGCAUCCGCUGUGCUCUAUGGCUCCGGAAACGGGGCAUUGGACCCGGUGAUACGAUUGCAGUUGCUGCUAACAAUCAUCAAAACACGGUGAUUCCUCUCCUGGCCAGUUUAUAUAUUGGUUGUGUGUUGAAUCCAUAUCCAUUCGACUGGAUAAACAAUGGUCUGAUAUCUCACUUCAUGAAUAUGAUAAACCCAACGAUCAUCUUCGCCGACGAAGAUCUAGCGGAGAUGAUGCACCAGCACGAGGACAUCAUCAAUAAAAAAGUUGAGGUGAUAGUCUUCGGAGCUCUACCGGAACUAGCAUCAUUUGAAGAGAUCCUCCCCGAGCAGACGCCACCGGAAGUUGAGAAUUUCGAAGCCGUUGACAUUCGUAUCCCGGAGGAAACCGCCAUGCUGAUGUUCACAUCAGGAACAACUGGAUAUCCCAAGGUGUUUCGGUACAGCUAUAGACACCUGGAGAGGGACCUAAACUGGUUACCCAGGGACGAACUCCAUGGAAGAGUGGGCACCUGGUGCAUUGAAAGCGCUUGGACUGUUAUCAUCAUAACAGUUCUGAGUUCAAUAAUCAAUCGGUCCACCUACGUCAUCCACAGAUUCACGGAUAUACCGGACUUUUGCAGAGUCAUCGAGAAGUACAAGAUCGAUUGGGCGAUGCUUGGAGUGGAGCACAUAAAUAUACUAUCUCGAUUACCGAACCCGGAAGAUUUUGACUUAUCUUCGUUGAAGUUCAUCAGGUAUUGCGGCUCCUACAUCAGACCGGAAAUAGAAAAAAAUUUGCACGCCAUAUUCCCUCGAGCAUGGCUGUCGCAGUCGUACGGUUUAACGGAAUUCGGCGCGGUUACGUAUGCCCUGAGAGACCACAAGUGCCCCUCCUGUGGUAUACCCGUAGAGAACAUCGAAAUUAAGCUGGUAAAUUCGAAGAAUGAGACUGUGAUGUGUCCCAAUCAAUCAGGAGAAUUGUGCGCUAGAACUCCGCGCCUGUCGAUCGUUUAUCACAAGAAUCCCACAGCAUCGGAGAUAACCCUGGACGCAGACGGUUGGCAUCACACCGGUGAUCUGGCAUUUUACGACGAGAAUGGAGAAUUCUUCAUCGUCGAUAGGAUCAAGGAAAUCAUCAGAUUUCGUGUUGGCGAUGUUCCUGCUGGUGUCGUGGAGAACUGCAUACUGAAGCAUCCUGCUGUUCUGGAAGUUGCUGUUGUCUCUAAGCUACAUGACGAAGACGUUGAACAGCCGAUGGCUUUCGUUGUCAAGAAGCCCCGUGUUCAGAUUACGGAGAAGGAAAUCGAGGAUUGGGUAGAGCAACAUCUGCCGGAUCACAUGAGACUCCGAGGGGGUGUCAAGUUUAUCGAUACAAUGGCGUAUAAUAAUUCAGGGAAAAUACGCAAAGGGGUGCUUCGACGUUUGGCGAAUGAUUGAGGGUCAAGGGUUUAUAGGUAACGCGAUUCCUCAGGUAGUUGUAUGGGAACCAGUGGAUUGAUAGUAAAAAAUGAGAAAUUAUAUAAAAAUCCCUCUAGUCAAUAAAAGCUCAUUUAAUUGCAAUGAA